AUGGUCUCACCAGCCCAUCCAGUUUUCACAAGUAUUACCAGCCCUUCCAGUUUUCACAAGUAUUACCAGCCCUUCCAGUUUUCACAAGUAUUACCAGCCCUUCCAGUUUUCACAAGUAUUACCAGCCCUUCCAGUUUUCAGAAGUAUUACCAGCCCAUCCAGUUUUCAGAAGUAUUACCAGCCCAUCCAGUUUUCAGAAGUAUUACCAGCCCAUCCAGUUUUCACAAGUAUUACCAGCCCUUCCAGUUUUCGCAAGUAUUUCCAGCCCUUCCAGUUUUCACAAGUAUUACCAGCCCUUCCAGUUUUCACAAGUAUUACCAGCCCUUCCAGUUUUCACAAGUAUUACCAGCCCUUCCAGUUUUCACAAGUAUUACCAGCCCUUCCAGUUUUCACAAGUAUUACCAGCCCAUCCAGUUUUCACAAGUAUUACCAGCCCAUCCAGUUUUCACAAGUAUUACCAGCCCAUCCAGUUUUCACAAGUAUUACCAACCCAUCCAGUUUUCACAAGUAUUACCAGCCCAUCCAGUUUUCACAAGUAUUACCAGCCCUUCCAGUUUUCACAAGUAUUACCAGCCCAUCCAGUUUUCACAAGUAUUACCAGCCCAUCCAGUUUUCACAAGUAUUACCAGCCCUUCCAGUUUUCACAAGUAUUACCAGCCCUUCCAGUUUUCACAAGUAUUACCAGCCCAUCCAGUUUUCACAAGUAUUACCAGCCCAUCCAGUUUUCACAAGUAUUACCAGCCCUUCCAGUUUUCACAAGUAUUACCAGCCCAUCCAGUUUUCACAAGUAUUACCAGCCCAUCCAGUUUUCACAAGUAUUACCAGCCCAUCCAGUUUUCACAAGUAUUACCAGCCCUUCCAGUUUUUCUGGCUUCUAUAGCUAUGACUCACUAA